CCCUGAGUUUAAUUCAUUUGGGGAGCUCCCGGAGACAUGCCGGAGACACCUCACAUAUGACGAAUCUAUUUCAUGCUCUCCUUUCAUCCUGUUCAUCUUCCAAGCGUACUUAACCGUACUUCUGUCUCACCCAGCUCCUUUUGUCUAGUCAUUUCCAUCUCUCCCUUUCAUCGUCUUCAUCUAGUUCUGUGAUUCCGUAUUUGUAACCCUCAACCUACGCGGCAUGAUGUGGGGGUCCAAGCUCUCAGCUGUGCUGUCCGCGCUCAGCUUGACACAAUCCAUUCCUGCGACUGAACUUGAGCAGGUUGUCGUCGAAAGCCAUAUAAAGCAGGUGGCCAUCAUUGGAGCUGGUGCUGGCGGUUCCUCAGCGGCCUACUACCUCCAAAAGUUCGCCGAGGCCGAAGGUCUUCCUGUAAACAUCACAGUAUUUGAGAAAACCGAUCGUGUAGGAGGCCGAACGUUAACUGUAGACGCUUACGGCAACCCGCUCGAGCCCGUCGAGUUGGGCGCCUCCAUCUUCAUCGAGGCCAAUCACAUCAUCUACAAUGCCAGCAUCAACUUUGGUCUUCCCCUGAAGGAGCCUGAGUCUGGCAGUGAUGGCUUCCUGGGCAUUUGGGACGGGGAGAAGUUUGUCUUCUCCCAAGACGACAGCUCCUGGAACUGGUGGAACUUGGCCAAGCUCUUCUGGAAAUACGGCACGGCUCCUUACAAGGCGCAGAAGCUCGUGCAGUCGACCGUUGCGACCUUUUUGCAGCUCUAUGAGAAACCUCACUUUCCUUUCCGAUCACUCACGCAAAGAGUCUUCGAGCUGGAUCUUUUGAAGGCAACUUCCGUUACAGGGGAGGAGUUUCUCGCCAACAACGAUAUCAGUGAGCUGUUCUCCCACGAUAUCAUCCAGGCAGCCACCAGAGUUAACUACGCAUCUAACCUGAAGUACAUCCAUGGCCUUGAGACCAUGGUCUCUCUUGCACCUGAAGGUGCCCGGCAAGUCAUUGGGGGCAACUGGCAGGUCUUCCAGACAAUGCUUCAAAGGAGCAAUGCAACCUUGCGCCGCAACACUUCAGUGACAUCCAUUGCAGUGAAGUCUAGCCCUUCCAGCUCCAAGUAUCUCCUUUCGACCAAAGACGCCCACGCCGAAGCCGAGACAGAGGCGGACCAGUACCCGAUUGCUUUCGACAACGUCGUCAUUGCGACACCGUGGCAGUAUGGAGAUAUUAGCGUCUCAGAGGAUCUUUUCCAGCACAAGAUUGACGAAGUUCCUUACACUAAGCUUCACGUCACCCUGUUCGCCUCGCCGUUUCACCUCUCGCCGGAGUUUUUCGGUCUGGAACCUGGUUCCAAGGCCCCCGACUCGGUCCUGACCACUCUUGGCCCCGACGAUGAGGCAAAAGCCGGAUCUGAAGGUGCUGGCAAGGCUGGCUUCUACUCCGUCAGCACCCUUAGAACCGUCACGAAUCCCGACACUCUCAAGGACGAGUUCCUCUACAAGAUCUUCUCUCCCAAGAUGGUCACCGCAGAGUUCCUGUCAAAACUGCUUGGCGUCGAAGUGCCGGCUUCCAUCAUUGCGGGAGACAAGAAUGGAGAAAGCGGCCAGCGCACUGUUGAACCCAUCUCUUGGUACCACCCGCACGUGUUCAACUCGUACCCCAUUGAGUACCCGCGAGUUACCUUCCAGGACCCCAUCCUCAGGGACGGACUUUACUAUCUUUCUGGCAUCGAAAGCUUCAUCUCGUGUAUGGAGACCAGUGCGUUGAUGGGGAUGAAUAUUGCAAAGUUAAUUGCAGAUGAUUUCUCAGAGGCCAAGGAGACGCUCGAGAAGAUCGAUGUCGAUGACGCGCAAGAGGCGCUGGGGCGAGUUGAGGAGGCGCCCGUGGCUGAGGAAUUGUAAUCACUCUGAAUUUGAGGACUUGUGUUACCUUUCAUCCGUUCUACUUGUAUCUACCAGCACUGCAUUCUGUUCACGAUUGGAUGUAUGCGCAGGACACAGUCAUUGUAAAAACCGUGCAGAAUGAUAGCUCGUGUCAGGAAUUUUUCGUCAAGUUUGUCUCGAAAAUUUGACAUGCUGAAAUACCUGUCUCGUAAAUGGCUUGGAUUUUAAAAAUGACCA